GUCAUGUCGGGGAUGGAAAUGAAACUGUGGCACGAACGGUUUUACCAUUGUUCUCUCUCGCCAUCGUCUUUCAGACGCGAGUAUGUUCGCCGAUAGACUAUCUCUCCUAACCCAUUGAAGCCAAAUGGAGGAAUAGCGUCUUUGUAUUUAUCGAGGAACGGUUUGGAGAGCUUGAAGCUUUUGUGUGUUGUGGCCUGUUUGACGUGAGUGUCACUUGUCAUUGAAGAUAAGGAACGGCAAUGAAUAAAAGAAAUAGGUUGUCGUUGCCAAUGACAGAGCCUUGGAAAGUGAGUAGACACGAUCCUUUUGGAAUGAAUUGCUGAGAGAUUCAUGAAACGACGCUGCGGUAAAAUGCCAGUGACGCUCUUUUUGCUCACGUUUUCCGCUACUUACAGUACGUGUGACUGUCCGAGCCCAAGCGCUCAUUUUCUUGUCCUGCUUCUUCGGAAUGGCAACCAACAUGUUUAAACGUCCAUUGUUCCAAGCCCCACUCUCGCGUCUCUCUUGCUUUAAAGGUGAAGCUAUUCGAUAUUAUAGGCCGAUGGGGCUGACACCAGCAUACCGGCCCCUUGGCUAUUCGACUGUAGCGCGAACCACAUUCAUGCGCCCACCAACGAUAUCUGGGCUAGGAAAACGUCAUACUUUGGUGAAACUGGAUACUGUUGCUCAGCAAAACCAAUUGAGGCUGCUUUCCACGUCACCAAAGAAACUGUUCAAUACUCUUACUAAAUGGCAGCGAAGAGCGUCACUCAUCUCUGCGUUUGGUGGUGGUAUCUUAUUGACCAUCUUCAUUGGACCUAUUUUGUUGGUGACGGUGGGAGGAAUUGGCGCGGUGUUUUUAUGGCGAAACUGGCGGCAAAUUCGUGGAGUGCAAAAAGAAUUCAGCUCCGUGGCUGAUGGAAGAAUACCAAAUCCAUUGACCAACAUAGGCUCUAUGUUCGCAUCGGAUCAAUCGCAGCUAACGCCUGCGCUCCGGAAACAAGCCAUCGAACGAAUUAAGGAAGAGGUUGAGGCACCAUCUUCGGAAAUAUCAAGAUACAUGUCUACGAACGACUCAUUCAACAUCAGCUUCAGUGAUGUACAAGCGACGUCAUCUUCUCGUUCUUCCGCUACGAUCAACGGGCAGCAUGAGUCAAAGUCCUAUUUGGAUAUUGAAUUCACUUUCACUAGCGAUAAUGACAUGAAAGGCUUCGCCCGGGCUCGAGGAUCGAUCAGUGGAUCCCAAGUCAAUCUUGAAAAAACCUCUCUCUAUUGGCCACAAUGGGACCGUGAGAUGAUACUACCGGCGUCUCUUAACAGCCGAGAAAAACCACGCAUCAUAGAAGGCGAAUUUAAGGACGUGGAUUGAGACUCGUUAGCAUAGAGCAUUUGUAAAUUUUUUUGUUUUGGCUGUUUCUGUCAACACACUAUGGUAUAGAAAGGAGAAGAAAAUAAAAACAAUGUCUGUAUAGAGAAGAGUGGAGGAACUAAGUGUAAAGAAAAAGCUCUUGUUUCCUUUGGAAGAAAAAAAGUGCAACGUCCAUUAAAAGUGAGUAA